AUGAACGGAGGAGGGAUUAAAGUGCUGGGCAGCCCAGUUGGGAGUGAUGACUUCUGCACAGACCAGGUCCGGGCAGCACUGGCCGACGCGGCUUCACCACUCCUGCUCAUCUCACAGCUACACCCGCAGCACGCCCUGCUCAUGGUUUCACGAAGCAUCUCCCGGCGGAUCUCUUACCUGCUGCGGACCGCGCCGGCGUCAACUCUCAGCACGAGGGAAUGGAGGGAGUGGAGUGAGGCUCUGCUCGGCUCGGCCCUCACGGCUGCAAAACUGAGGAUACCCACGUCUGAGCUGGAACGGAGCCUGCUGUGGCGACAAGGAAUGCUCCCCAUCCGAAUGGGGGGCCUAGGGGUGAUCGACCCCACCUCUGAAGCACCUGCGGCCUACCUGGCCUCCGUCACAGCGGCGCUUACACUCCUGUCUAACCUGGACCUGCUGGCGGACUGCCUCCUCAGCCGGGCGCUACUGCUGCUCUCCCACGACUGGACCCCCCAACCGCCAGGAACCAACCCCAGAGCGGCCGUGGAGGAAGGCCUUCCCACGGAGGCUCGAGCCACCCUAGCACAGUUCAGGUGGGGGGCGACGGGCUCGGGGAACCUUCAGCUAGGAAUCUCCAAGGCCAUCAACCAGCGGCGGGCAGUGGAGCUGCUAGCAGACACACUUCAGGACCGGCCGGGGGUGGAUAGGGGCCAUGCUAUCCGCCUCAUAAGUCUCAAGGGGGAGAGGGCUGGGGACUGGCUCCACGCCAUACCAACGAGGGGUGACCUUACACUCUCACCCGGUCAGUUCUCGUUGGCUCUUGGCCUGCGGCUGGGGAUGGAGCUGCCGGUCGCUGAGGUGUGCCCCUGCAAGCGAGAUAACUCAAGCAUCUCUGACAAAAGUCUCCCGAACCAUCUGCUGCGGUGUGGGGAUGGGGGGGAUGCCGUGAGGACUCACAAUGCCCUGGUUUAUGCAGCUGUACGGAUGGCCACUGGUGCAGGAUACAAGAUUUUCCAUGAAUCAGCAGCUUUCUCCCCAUCGGUCCUCCGCAAGCGCGCGGACCUAGCAAUCCGAGAUCAGGAGUCGGGGGAAACAUGGGUGACGGAUGUCACGGUCACAGAUCCAGUUCUACAACGCCGGGAUACAAGGGCGCGCAAGCCGCCGGGGUGGGCGGCAGAGGAAGCAUCAGAGGGGAAACACAGGCUCUACGAGGGCCGGCCUAGCUAUGCCGGUUUCUUUGGGCUGGCGGUAGAGACGUACGGAGCCAUGGCCAAGGACACGGUGCAGUUCCUCCGAAUGCUUGCUACACAUGCGGCCAAGAAGAAAUACCGGCAGGGACGCCUCACCACCACCGCAGCCCGUCUAAAUGCACACUUCAGGCAGCAGUGGUCUGUGAUGCUCCAGCGCAGUCAGGCGAUCUCCCUCCUCUCCAAGUCUAACCGAGCAGCAGAGGCGGCCUUCCCACAGACGGCGGCUGACCCAUGGGCACCCCGCCUGGGGGACCUCUGGCAGACUCUGGAGGGUGAGUACGAGGAGCGGCACGCCCCAGCCAGGGCGGCCUAA